AUGAAAGAAGAAGUGAGUGAACGAAAGAUAAAGAGAGAUGAUAAAGUUUGCAAAAAGCAAGAAAUUAGCGCAUUGUUGCUAGGAACAGAACGAGUAGUUGAUGAGAGCAAAAUGAGAGACUUCUCUGUUCUUAGAAUUAGCUCUCGUUCAUUUGAAUUAGUGUCUUUGAUUCAAUUGAACGGGAAAUACUUAUUAUUCGAUAAGAAAAUGCUGACAUUGGAUGAUCUGAAGAUCCGAGUUGUCGCGGUCAUUGGCUCGGAGAAACAUGGAUGUACCGAGGAUGAUCUGCGCCGGAUUUAUAAGUAUCUUUAUAUGUUGUACCUCACCGUAUUAAGUAUUUCGAUCUUUACGAAUAUGUAUGGUAAGGAUUUGUGUCCAAAAGAUUAUGGAUUCGACAAUUUGAGGUCAUUUCUUAUUUCCCGAAAAAUGCAAGGAGAAGGAGGACUAAUCCACAGUAAUGGUCGAUAUUAUGCUACCGGUGAUAAAAAUACUGACAAAAUGCUUGAACUCAUUCGAAAUACGAAAACUAAAAAGAAUCAACACCGUAAAAGGAGUCUGAAUAUAAGAAAAACACUAUCGAUAUAUACUAGUGCAUCGAAAGGCUUAACGUCCGCUGAACGAUCAUCAUUGCAAGGAGCUAGUCGUGUUCAUUCUUUGGAAAAUACACAUGGUUACCAAUAUAAACUUGAAGGGACUAACUUUUCAGUUUACAAUCGAUCAAUAAAUAGUUCUUUCAUGAGCACUAGUGUAUUCUCUCAAAAUGUUCCCAAUAAUUUGGGAACUCUACCAGAUUUUAACUUGCCAUCUUCUAUCUAUCAUAGAGAAUUGUUAUCUAACUCACAUAGUUCCUUUCAAAAUUCGAGCAACCGUGCAGAAAUCUGUAAAGACGGGCGUACAAAUCAGUUAGUGAACAAAAAUGGUGGGAAUAAAUAUAUAAAGAGCAUAAGGCGAUUAGUAAAUCUUAUAAACCAAAAUGGUGGUCAAAUAUCUUUUUCUCAGUUGAAAAGGGAUUAUAUGAAGCGAUUUCAAAUUUCGUUGGAUAAUAAUGAGUUACGUUGUUUAUUUGACGCACCAUUAAACGAAGUGCAGGAUCUCUACACGUUUCUUGCAUCUCGUUUGGAUACUUAUGUCUUUGUGAGUCAAGAAUCGAAUGGAGACUUAUUAUUAUCAGUUAUUGACGAUGAAGAUUAUGAAGAUUAUAACAGCAUUGAUGAGUUCGAAAACUUGGGUAUUGUCAGUAGUUCUACUCGAACUUCAUUACAUCGGUUAGCUGAAGAUCGAAAUCGUCGUGCUCGACAUGGGGAACAAUUUCAAAAUCGCACUAAUUCUUAUAAUCAAGCAUCAGCAAAAAUGGAGUUUAACAGCAAAAACUUCUCUUUACCAAUUCCAUUUCCAUAUAACAUCAACAGUGAAAGAAAUGGGAGAGAUGUAGUGGCUCCAGUAAGAGCACGUGAGGAUCUGUUGUCUUAUAAAGUUUUAGGCGAAAAAGUUCUCUCUUUUGUCCGCACAAAAGGACCUAUAAAAGUCUUAGAUUUAUCUCGCAUUUUUUAUGAAGAAGAUGGUCGACAAAUUGAUCCUAGAACCUACCCAGAAGGUACAUGGGAAUUUAUCAUACAAAAAGUGCUUUCUUCUGACAGAUUUCCAGAGCUCGUGCUACAGGAUGAUACGGUUGAUCUUCGAGAACGAGUCCAGAAAUCAAAGGAUAUGUCUCUUCUUUUGUUGAAUAAGCAGUCAUAUAGUCUUCCGACUAAGCCACCCUCGUCUACGACCUUUGAAAGCAGUGUACAUGCUGCUAUGAUUUACGAUAUGGUAGCACAAUCAAAUGGUUCUUUAUCGCAGAAAGAAAUAAUUACUGCUCUUAAUGCGAAAGGCAUCGAAGUUAACGCUUGCCAGCUUACAGUGAAACUUCUAACACAGUUUAAAGAUGUAUUUUCAUGUGAAUUUCUUAAAUCAGGUGUUUUGAUAUCACUGGUGGACGGUGCACAAAGACCGCAAGAAACGAAUUCAUCUUCUGUACUGGAUAAGCCAUCUACAAUAAUGAAACAUGUACCAGAAUACUGCCCAAAAACGGUUUCCUCUGAAAAUCAGCCUCAAUCUGUAAUAUUGUUCAAUGUAGAAGUAAUCAAUGAGUCGAUGGGCAGGAUGCGAAUCCAGGCAUCAUUUCGUUUGGACUCUUUUGAGCCAGUGUAUGCUUCGUUCGAAAGAAAUUUAUAUAAUCACUAUCGAUUGAACGGUCAACAUAGGAACUAUAAGGUAGAAGAAGCUAUAAGAGGCUGCUGCUACGUUUUUUACAGUGCCAAUAAUAAUCGUGUAUGUCGAGUUCAGUGUCUGAGUGACGGAAAAUGUGGUUCAGUUGUGCCAGUUUUUUUAGUUGAUAAUGUGUGUUAUGAAAACGUUGCAGUCGACCAACUUAGAAAGCUGGUCAGUAAAUUUGCUGAACCCGCAUUUGGUAUCGUCGCUCAGACAGUACCUUUUAUAGUUUUAAAAGGAAAAGAGAAUGAAUUUCGUGAAAAUUUUUCGUCAAUUCGUUCAAUGCUGCUCGGGCAAAAGAAAGGGCAGAUAAAAGUUUAUGUAGAAUCCGGCCAAUCAAAAGGUCAGUUUGAAUUAAAGCAAAUGUAUAGCGAAACGCAUGCUGAUUUAAACAUACCAGCAAAAUUUGUGCGUCAAAAUAUCAUUGCAUUGCUUUCAUAA